ACGAGACAUGGCAACUUCAAUUUCUUUAAAUUAGUUAAAAAGGAAGUUGAAAUUACCGUUUAUGCGUUGCCCUUUUCUAUUACGUGUAGUUUCUGAUGUUUUACAGCUCAAUUCUACUUGGUUGAUUUUUCUCAUCAAGCAAAUCCAACAUCAACAAAGUAGGAUGGCAGAGGACAAUGAAACCCUUCCCCCGACGAAUCAGGAAGAAAAAUUCAAUGGACUUUUUCCACUUGUGAUAACUAUAAUUUCCAUUAUAACUAUAGUGGGGAACCUUCUGGUGAUUGUGACUUUGUAUAAGAAACCGCGCACUGAAUUACGGAUCGUUUCCAACAGCCUUGUGUUGAACCUUGCUAUCGCUGACCUGAUGAUGGGCCUUGUAGGUGAACCUCUUUGGAUAAGCCUUCAUUGGGUAGAUGGUGGAGUAAGCAUGAUGUUAAUGAGCGACUCACCAAGUACGUUGUAUGUCACAACUAGAUCAGUGUUGGUCAUAACAGCUACCGCUUCAAGAUGCACUUUGUUCUUUCUUACAGUGGAGAGAUAUGUGGCCUUAGAGAUGCCUCUACGAAGAGAAAAGCUGUUUGGUGGAAUGGCUUUGAAAUUAUACAUUUUUCUUAUUUGGCUUGAUGGAUCAGUUACCGCCCUACUCAUUUCCUUUCAUGACACAAAUGCAAUACGGCUAAUUUUCUAUAUCCUUCCUCAGUUUGAACUGGUUGUCAUCUUCGUUUUGUAUAUGCGCAUGUUCAUAAUCAUCCGAAAAUUCAACAAGAUUCUACUCGCCAAUGAAGUCCGACAACCGCUUGUUCAAUCAGGAGAUGCGUUUAAAUUGGCUCGAAAACGGGAGUUUUCCUUUGCAAAGAACAUUUUUCUUCUAGUUGGAACAUUUUUAUUGUGCUAUCUACCAUUUUCUGUCACUCGCGUUGUUGAAUACUUCAGCGACGGAGUGCGAACUUCACUUUUUUUUCAAGAAUUGUUACUAAUCCUAUACGUAUCAAAAUGCGCUCUAGAUCCCAUAUUAUACACAUUUAUUAUUCCAGGUUAUCGAUGGCGAGUUAAAGAGAUGGUCUAUAACUUUGCGAAGACCUGCGCCGACCGAUUACCAUCAGCUAGUAAUGGCGCAGGAAACCCCUAAAAAACGCUUUAUCAUCACUAAACAACUGGUUUUAAGUUAUUAACGUUCUGACAUACCAUAGCCUUAGUUGUUGAAUGAAAUAUGUUAUGGAUAACGACUGUAAAAAUAAGUUUCUGGAAAUUUCUAGAAAGCCUAUGCAUGUUGACAUGUUACACGACUGCCCAUUGUCAUACUGUGGAAACAUAUUGUAUUCGGUUAUAUGUAGUUAUGAUGCAACACCACAAAAAUAGUUGAGUUGUAUGCUUCCGGAUUGUUCGAGAACACUUUGUAAAUGUAUAUAAUUUAUGAACUCAGUCGUGUAGUAGUUGUUGCUGUUUUAAUCGAAAGUGACGUACCGACUAUCUGUGAAGCUAUGCUGAGAGAGAGCUACUGUGGAAGAUUGCUCAUUUCAAGGCGAUUGGAUACAACUGGGAUAUAUUGUCAGUGGUGAGCUAAGUUAAAAUCUCUUGGGGGCUUUAGAGUGUAUUUCUGAGGAUAUCGAGAGUCAAUGGGCACUCACAAAAAAUCGAUUUUUUUUGUAUUUUGCCAUAAAAUUCCCUUGUACUUAAGGAAAUAUAGUGAAAGGUUCCAUCGACCUAU